AGCAGCUGCGUGGAGAAGAAGUCACCCCUCCAUCCAUCCGCCAUGUAAAGCGCUCGAGGCGCCCACGAGACGCGCUGCAGGAGCCCAGAGUGAACCCGGUGGUGUGAUGAUGGCUGGAUUGUGAUGUUGGACUGACAUUUCAGAUCUGCUCCUUCUUCUGUGCUGCUGAUUUGGACAGGAGGAGGGACACCGGAGGCUCCGCGCGCGCGCUUUGUUCACUUCUGUCUCCUCGCGAGCGGUGGAACCGGCGGCUUUCUUUUCCUCUUGCUUUUAUAAUUACAUCGCUAUCUUCUUUUUCUUCUCUCUCUCUCUCUCUCUCUCUCUCUCUCUCUCUCUCUCUCUCUCACUCACUCACCCACUCUCUCAUUCUUUCUUGCUUUCUUUUUUCUUGUCCUUUUUCCAUCUUUCCAUCUCUCUCUCUCUCUCUCUCUCUCUCUCUCGGAUCACCAGAAGGAAAAGUGAACGGUUCUCCUACACGACCCUGAAGAACCUGUUCACAUCUUCAUUAAUACGCUGCCGCGCGUGUUUUAUUUCUAAUUAUUAUUAUUAUAUAUUUAUUUGACCUCGGGAACGGAACAGGAGGACGGAGAACCUGCACGGAGGAGAUCUUGGCUUAGCUGCUCGGCUAGCUGGCAUUCCUGUGCACUUCGAGACGCUGGAAAUCUCUAAAAAGAAAAAAGGAUGUUGAUGGAGUGCCGUAUGUCAGGACUUCAGUCUCUUCUGACGAUGUUUCUUCUCCUCUCUCUGGAACAUGAUAUGGCAUUGACUGAAAGUGUGGUGAACAUGCGGAAGGUGACUCACCAGGUAGAACAGGUUCCACUGUCAGGAACUGCUGUGCUGCCCUGCAUCUUCACCCUGCAGCCCAGUCCAUCACAUGAACCUCAUGAUGCUCCUCGCAUUAAGUGGACCAAAAUCUGGGGCCAUCGUGGGCUUGACGGGUUACAGAGGGAGCAAUCUGUAUUAGUGGCAAAAGGCAACGUGGUGAAGGUGAAGAAAGCAUUCCAGGGUCGUGUCACACUUCCUGGCUACUCUGAGAACCACUACAAUGCCAGCCUGGCGCUGACAGGUCUGAGAUCCAGCGACUCGGGCAUGUACCGCUGUGAGGUAGUGGUGGGUCUUAAUGACGAACAAGACACUGUGCCCCUUCAGGUCACAGGUGUGGUCUUUCACUACAGAGCCCCUCAUGACCGAUAUGCCUUGUCAUACCCUGAUGCUAAGCAUGCAUGUGAGGAAAACUCUGCAGUGAUCGCAACACCUGGCCAGCUGCAGGCUACUUUUGAUGAUGGAUAUGAUAACUGUGACGCAGGUUGGCUCUCUGACCAGACUGUAAGGUAUCCUAUCCAGUCUCCACGUCCUGGCUGCUUUGGCGACCGAGAAGAUUUGCCCGGUGUGAGAAACUACGGCAGUCGCGCCACUGAUGAGCUGUUCGACGUGUACUGCUUUGCUGAGAACCUCGAAGGUGAGGUGUUCCAUGCCAGUGUUCCAGAUAAGUUGAGUCUGGCUACAGCUUCCACUCACUGUCACACACUGGGUGCUCAGCUGGCCACAGUGGGGCAGCUUUACCUGGCCUGGCAGUCUGGACUGGACCGCUGUGACCCGGGCUGGCUGGCUGACGGUAGCGUACGAUACCCCAUCAAUCAGCCACGGCGUAACUGCGGAGGCGAUGAGCCGGGAGUACGCACGCUUUACCUCAACCCCAACCGCACCGGGUUUCCCCACACCGCCAGCCUCUUCGAUACCUACUGCUACAGAGAGAAACAUCUAGAACCAAAGGCACUUCUGCAGAUUUCAGAGACUUCACAGACCUCAAACUCCACAGAUGAUUGGGAACUCCAGCAGAAUGAAGCCUUUCCUCAACCUUCCACCUGGACUGGACUGGUAGACCUGGAUAAGGAAGAGUUUAACUCCAUCGCAGACAACGAGUCCUCUGAGAUAUCAGAAGAGCAUGUGGUGAUCCAUCUCAGGGCUAGAGAGAGUCCUGUGAUCCAGGAAGCACAUGCGUCUAAAGAUCAUUCUCCUCUCAUUCUGGAGCUAUAUGGGGGUUCAGCAAAAGAGGAUCCCGAUGAAAGGGAAGCAUCUGAGGACCACAGAUUGUCCAUGGAACCCUCAUUGACCACACCAUCCACAUCUACACAGGUUCCAACCAGCAAUAGCAUGCUCUUCAACUUUGUUGACUCCUUCAUGAGGCCAUGGAAAUACCGGAAAGGCAGUGCUUCAACUGGAGCUCCUUCAACAGUGUCAAGUCUAUUAAAGGAGACAUCAGAGGAGGUCCAGGACGUCAGGGUGAGACCAGACGGUGGGCUUAAAGGGAAUAAAGGAAGUAUUGAUAAUGCUAUUGUGGAGCCUGAGAGUAUAGAGCUGUCAUCUGAACCCUCCACGGUGUACUCAGAGGAAGGUCUUCUAGAGCAGGAGAAAGAAGUGGUUCUGCCAGUACCAGUCAAAGAGUCGAAGAAUCCCAGCGAGAUCCAAACAGAACCUUCGGUUUCACAAGCAACAGAACCCAGAGGACUAAUUGCGUCAGGACGGAUGGAGGUGAUGAAUCCCACAGCUGCAACGAGUCCCAUGGGUUCCAGGAGCAGUUCUGGCUCCAUGCCAGUGCUGGGCAGUGAGCAGAAAUGGGAGUUUGAGUCUCUGAGAGGAUACUCCACCCCAAACAGUAACGUGAUCUUCACAACUCAGACCAGCGGACUUGUGGAGAACAAACGAGAGGCGAUGGAGAUCAUGACAAUUCCGUUCAGCAGGGACACUCAUGAGAACUACUCUGGUGAAGGAAAGGAUCAUAUCGAUGAGAUUUACUCACUGCCAAAAGUGUCAGCAUCACAGUCCUCCUUACAAAGAGGGCUUUCAGAAGAGUUGAGCGACACUGACGGGAGUGGAGGAAAUGAUUUAUUUAUCAGUAGCACUCACAUGAAGCAGGGAACUCUGGAAACCACUGAGGAACAGAAUGUUCUCUUACAAACAACUGUGCAAUGGGAGCUUCUAGAUCUUCCAACUGGACAACCCUCCCAAAGCACAGGUGUCUCCAAAGAUGCCUUAGGUCCUGAGGAGGCCAGAGGGGAAAUCCUGUACAUUCAUCGUCCUACAGAAAAAUCUGAGACCUUUCCAUUUAAAGUGCAUUUGGUCCAGAAGAAUCUGAACACACAUGCACCUAAUGGAUCUGAAAUCCCGACUCCUUACGUGGCCACCAAUUCAGAACUUAACCAAACAGCAUCAAGUGCUACUGAACAAAUGCCAACAUUUUACAGUGAGAUUCACACGACAGAUGCCACCACUGCUGAAGAUCCGACUACAGAUCCUGCAGAUCCUGCAACAUCAGUGACUCAGUUGCCUGUGGUUCAGGAAGAAACCGAGGAACCACAGACAGAUACGUUUACUACUGAGACCAGUUUAAGACUUGAGACUACAAGUAACACAGUUCAACUCACCACACCAAGUGUGAUGGAAACAUCUCAUCAGAGCGAGACUGAACCAGAAACCCAAACAGCUCCUCCCACGGACAUCACGGUGGGAUUUAACACGAGCACGGCUACAGCUGAGUACGAACACGACUCUUCAGCUUCAUCCGCAGAAGAGGAGCCUUGCCAGACGAACCCGUGUCUGCAUGGGGGAAGCUGUCUGAAAGAAGGGGAAGGGUACAGCUGCCUCUGCCCUCUGGGGUACUAUGGGGAGAGCUGCGAGAUCGAUAUUGACGAAUGCCAGUCGAAUCCGUGUCAGAAUGGAGGCACCUGCAUUGACGAGAUCAACUCUGUGGUGUGCCUGUGUUUGCCCAGUUACGGAGGAGCCAUGUGUGAAAAAGACACUGAGGGUUGUGAUCAUAGCUGGAGAAAGUUCCAUGGUCAUUGUUACAGAUACUUCAUUCACAGACUGAACUGGGAAGAUGCGGAGAAAGAUUGCAGAGCGCACAAUGGCCACCUGGCUAGCAUUCACACCAGAGAAGAGCAGGACUUUAUCAACAGUAUGAGUCACGAGAACACUUGGAUCGGUCUGAAUGACAGAACAGUGGAGGAGGAUUUCCAUUGGACUGAUAACAUGGAUCUGCAAUAUGAGAACUGGAGGGAGAACCAGCCUGAUAAUUUCUUCGCGGGAGGAGAAGACUGCGUAGUGAUGAUCGCCCAUGAGAAUGGCAAAUGGAACGACGUGCCCUGCAACUACAAGCUGCCCUACAUCUGCAAGAAAGGCACAGUGCUCUGUGGUCCUCCUCCUCCAGUGGACAACGCCUUCCUGAUUGGACGAAAGCGUUCACACUAUGAUAUCCACUCGGUUGUGCGUUAUCAGUGUGCUGACGGUUUUCUCCAGCGCCACGUUCCCACCACCAAGUGUCGCGCCAGUGGGAAAUGGGACCAUCCCAAAAUCCUGUGUACCAAGUCUCGGAGAUCUCAUCGCUAUCGGCGCCAUCAUCACAAAUCUCAUCAUGAGCGCAGAAAGCACAAAAAGCACGGCUCGGCCGCUCACCGGGGCAGAGCGCAGGGUCACGGCCAUUUCUAACCAAAAACAAACCCCACGCCUCUGUGUCCCACAGAAGUUCUCCUGAAGUUUGUUUCUGCACUGUCUGAACCGUUCUGUUUCUUUCAUCACCCUCAAUCCCUCAAACCUGUGAUCCCAGGGUCAGUGUUCGACCUUCUAUAGACUACAGUGACUCCAACGUUUCCCUGCGUUCUGUUUGUUUCGUUUUUUUAUCCUCAAUCUGUUUAUCUGUCCAUCAUUUCUACUCAAAAUGUUUCCUGAAGUUCCUUCACACCCCUAAGAGAUAUAAACUUUUGGUGUACUGUACUUUUACAUGAGCAGGUGUAAGAGGUGGCAGUUUGAAAUCCAGUGAGAAAUCGUGAUCAUGUUGUACUGCCACUGAUUGAUCUUACAGAAGUGUGGAAACUCUGAGUGUUUUAUGGUGUUUGAGACGUCUGCGUGUUCCUUUUGUUUCUAUGCAACAAAUAAUGUAACUAAUGUAACAUGAUUUUUUUGAACAAACAAAUCCAUAAAUGAUCAGAACUUUAUUUUCAGUGAAAAAUCCUCCCUUAUCCUGAAGAGCAGCUUUACACACUCAGCAUCCCGACACUUCCUUUCUCCAAACAUUCAGCUGAAAUAUCUGCUGUGCCUCAUGUCUUCAAAGAUGUUCUUGACUUUUUUGUGAUGCAGUUCAUCUCAGAGCAGUUCAUUAGGAUUGAGGUGCGGUGACUGGGCAGGUGGUUCCAUGAUAGAUAUCACUUCAGACGUCUGUCUGCUCUCUAAAUAACUCUUACAGAACUCAGACGUAUUCGUUGCUUCGUCUCAUCGUUGGUUGUACGGCGAAGUCGGUUCCAAUGAGCCGCAGUGCAGACGGAACUGCACGGUGUUGAGGUGUGGAACUGGAGACGUGUUGGUUCAGGAUUUCAUUCGCUUUCCGGAACAUUCUCUGCUCCAAAACAACCCCAAACCAUUAAAUCCUCCACCUUCAUGUGUGAGUGUGGGGGUGAAGGAGUCUGAUCACAUCUUCUCUCCUGUUCUCUAUCAUACACAAGAUCUUCAGAUGGAGAACAGGUCCCUUUUGGACAAUGUCCCUUUUGGACUCCACAGAACUUUCAUCCACUCGUUCACUGACACGUCACUGUGUUUUUUUGCUUUUUAAUGAGUUUGUUGCACAGAAACAAAGGGAACAUUCACAUGUCUCAAACACCACAAAACACCUCCCACAGUUUCCAGACUUUUCACAGACUCUGGAUAUUUACAGUUUCUUGAUCUGCUUGAUUUUGUUUAUAGUUUUAAAGACUUUAGUUAAACUAAAUGAUCAUUUUCGUUUUGGAUCAGUAGAUUUUUGUGUUUUGUUUAAAGGAAUUAUUCUGAUUAUUCUGAUUUCGGAAGGUCGAUUAGGCAACACUCUGGAAUCUUCUUUCUGUGAAAAGUGAAAUAAAAAAAUAGUUCGGCCAAAAACAUCAGUCACAUUCGUUGCACUAUUUAAAGUACGAUGCCUUUCCCCUGUCAUUUAUUUAUUACAUUCACACUCAAUACAUUCCACCACAGGACACGUUCCCAGCAUGUUCUCUUUCUAGCAGCCCUUUAGCUUCUUCUAAUACAGAAAUCAGGCAUUUUCUAUCUCUUGAAUGUUUGGUGAAUUAUCUUAAAUAGUUCAGGAGUGAAUUAAAGUUCAGAUCUCUACAUCACUGUAGACGUCAACGGUCCCACACCGAUAUGCCUAAAUGUCUCAUUGGAAAAAAUGGAGACGUCCCUCACUUCCACUGUGAGCUACAGCUGAUGACAUGGAGGUUAAAAGUGUAAACGUAGCCUCAGGAGACUCAACAUCUAACAGGACUGUUUGGAAACUCAAAGCUCGUUUGGAAACUUUUCUGCUUUUUUAAAGGACCAGGUGCGUGUCCUGUUUGCUCAAAGAAGGUUACAGCAGCUGACUGGAAUAAAACCUGCACCAGUUUUUUUGCCUUUCUCUCAUCGUUACCAUGAAAGAAAAAGGCCACACUUUCAUAUACUCCCUUCUUUACACCCCCCCCCCUCUCUCUUUCUCCCUCUAUCCCUCUCUCCCUCUAUUCCUCUAGAGAUUACACUUCCCACUUUGCAUCUUCUCCCCUCGAGUCAUUGCCCCCAUUGUUGCCUUUAUUCAGCUUGUCUAUGACAAGGGCGUGUGGAAGGUGAUGGGAAACAGCACGCUUUUAUUCCUCAGCAUGUUUAAUUAAUUAAGAUGGAGAUUAUCUCCAUGUUGUCUGUUCUUUUAGCGACGCUGUAAUGGACAUAAAACUUCACCCACUUCACUUAAGAUAUUACUUUUUGAUCUGUUUAUGGAAAAUAUCAGACCUGCAUUGGAUUUACUUCUGAAGCUGAUAUUUAUUGACGGCAGUAGAACAAAUCAAACGGCACCCAGAAGGUUUAGUAUUAAACAGCAGGUCGAUUCUGAUCAGAUUAAAAAAAGUUUGAUUUGAAAAAGUAGGAGAACUCUCUAAUAUCCUUUACCUUAAUAUUGUGUUCUAUAAACAGCUUUACACUCUUUACAGAAGCAUAAAGGAGAGUCAGAUGAUGGCAGCAGGCUCCUAAUUAUGGAAAUGAGUCUGUAAAUGAGGGACGCUCAUGGCUGUUCGGUGGAGAGCUUUCUACAGAGCUUGAAGAGUCAGCUGAGGCUUUCCUGAAGAAACUCUUCUGACUAAUUACUACAGAACCUCUGAAAGUUUUUGAGUAGCAUCAGAAAACUGCUUUGGUUUUUGGUGGUAGCUUCAGUUAAGAAACAUUCGUCUCCUAUGCAAUAUGAUCUUAUAGUGGGCGUGAAACAGAGAGCGGCUCCGUCAUCAAAGGUCAGAGUUUGAAAUUCACGAUGGAAAUGUCUACAUACGGAAGUGCAGAUUUUCUAAGAGGUUUUCUUUUUCGUUUAUAUAUUAUAGGUGUUUAAAAGGAGGGCAGUGAGUGAGCUAGGGGAAAAGGAGUGACCUCUAUUUCGUCUAGACUCUGUGUCAGAUUCGAACAUCUAUCAUCCACGUGACUGCACCAGUGUGUGGAGCUUAUCUCCUGCUCAUUGCUUUAUCUUAGCCUGAGGAGGGCUCUGCUUAUGGGCUUUUAUAAAGAUAAUGAAGGAAGACGAGAUGUUUAAACGGCACAGGUUGUUUAAUAUGUAUGUAAAUUUGACCCUGCAGAAGAUCCAUGUGCUCGCUCUUUCACAGCAGUAUAAUGAGGCAUGUACACUGGAGCUCAGACUGUCAGAGAGACAACGCAAGCUGAGAUUCAGGAACAGUGUUAGUCAUCUGAUCCUCAUCUCAUGUGCAGCGGCGGUUAAUCAAAGCACAGAUCCACAUCCUGCUUUCAUUUAUUGUACAUAUUUGAUUUGGUUAAUUUAGUUCUUAUCACCUUUAGUCUGAAACUCUGGAUUCAUAGUCAUUUCUUCACUGAGGUGCUUUUAUACGUUUUCUAACCUGCAGCCACCUGCAUUUUCUCUUCAUUCCACUUGUAGAACAAGAUCAUAGAGUAAAUUAGGAUUUGGAAGCUAUUUUCUGAAAAAGUAAAGGUUUGGCUCCAGUGUGAGUUGUAGUUGAAACACCAGCCGCUACUCUGAUGAUGUAUAAAGCUCUGCUGCACCAACACUCACCUCUGUAAUGUACAUAUUCUCGACCUUUCUACUUUUUCAUUUCCUGUCAUUUCUGUUUUUUUUUCUAAAGAACUCUGGAUGUGUUUGUUGCUUAGUUAUGGAUCACAAUCACACAGUCUAACUCACCAUCAGUCGCAGUGGUGUUUCCUGUUCCAGCUGCUGAUGUUGAGGCAGGCUGUGUGAAAGUGCUCCAUGUGUAUUGAUCAGUAUUUAUAGGUGUUGAUGAAUUCUAGUCCUGUCGUUGUGUUACAUUCUUUACCUGACAGAUGAUCGAUUAAAAUCAUUUUAUGGAUCA